AUGGCUCAGCCGAAGAUUACCCUUUACGUUGACAUUGUCAGCCCGUUUGCUUACAUUGCUUUCUACAUCUUGAAAAACUCAAAGGUUUUUAAGCAGGUUGAGGUGACGUAUGUGCCUAUUCUGCUUGGGGGGUUGAUGAAGGUCUGCGAGAAUACACCACCAUUGAGGAUAAAAAAUAAGGACAAAUGGAUAAAUACAGAGCGUCAGCGCCUAUCCACUCACUUUAACGUCCCCAUCUCGCAAGAUACUCCACCUGGCUUUCCCAUCAACACACUGCCUAUCCAACGCGCCCUAGUUUCCCUCUCUCUGUCGCAUCCCCAAGCCCUUGAACAAGCCAUCGCCCUGUUUUACGAAAACUUCUGGGCAAAAUGGAAUGAUCCAAUCAAGCCGGAGAACCUGCUUGCUAUUCUCGCAGUUGUCUUGGGUAGUGAGGAGGAGGCAAGCAAGGUACUAGAGAGGACCAAGACGGAGGAGGUGAAGAAGGUGCUAGGUGGGAAUACGACCAAGGCGUUUGAGGAUGGGGCUUUUGGCCUGCCUUGGUUUGUUGCUACGAAUGAAAUGGGGGAGACUGAGGGAUUUUGGGGCGUUGAUCAUAUGGGGCUGAUGUGUGAUCAUUUGGGAAUCAAGAGGCCGGAAAGUAGGGAAUGGCGCUCGUUGUUGUAG